AUGACCUCCUUCAUAACAACUCUGCUCGAAAACAAGAUGUACUUGCUCUCUAUCCAACUGAUAGGAGCUGUUCUGUUCUUUCUCUUUGUGUAUAAUCUAAUUAACAAACUUUUCUUCGUUGAAAUUGAAAGUUUUGAGUAUUUUUAUGAAAAAGAAGGAAGAUUCCUGAUCACUGAUAACUUCAGCUCCAAAGAGAUCAAACAAAAGAUCAAUCAGAGACUUCAAGAAGGCUUAGAACAAAGAAGGAAGCAAAUUUAUGACUCUAGUGAGGAACUACUAAGUAUCUCUGAUGUUCAGAAAACGAAUCUAAGCUUCAAAAUGGAUAGACUCCAUUCAGAGAUAACUCCAGGCAGAAAAUAAGCAAGACCUGGUGCACUAAAACUCUAAUAUCUCCUCUCAACAAAGGUUAAUAACCUUAAUUUUA